GGUUCUCACUCCCUCAUCUUUCCCCUUAUUUCUUGUUUGUUUUGAAAGCAAUAAUAGUGAUGAUGUGUGUGAAAUGGCAAAAAAGUUGUUAAACGCAAAUCUGUCAAACAUGAAAUCCAAUACAAAUUUUAUAAAUUUGGAUCUUAUAUGUUUAAAUCGAUGUUCAUCCAAGAUUUGUUUUGAAGAAUACCAAAGCUUUUAGUUUUAUUUCUACUCAGUUUUUGAGUAGAACUUUUCUGAUUUUUAACAAUACAAAAUGAUAGGUAUUUCUUUAUAGAGGAUAACGAUUAAUUUUUUUUCUGUGCCAUAAAACGAUAAUUUAACUGACAAUUCUCAAAUUUUUUUCAUACGAUCAAGUUAUUAUUUUUUCGUUCAUUCUUUUAAUUAUGCCAUGACCAAAUAUGGAGGCUAUUCAGCGUUUGAGAUCUGCGUGUUGCACAGCUAAUGCUGCCACCCCGUGGUAUAAGAACAAACUAUAUGUAUCUUUUGGACUCUUCCAAUCAAUCGCUCUGCUUGUUGGCGUCUAUUUUCUAGGCAAAUCUCAUGGUUUCAUUGAUCCAAAAGAACCUGAAGAAAUCAUCGUUUCUUCAAAUUCUGACCUUAUAGAAAAUUCUCCAUCGCAAUUAGCACCUGCUGGAGGAUGUCCAAGGCAGCAAGGAAAAUGCCCGUCGAGUUUUCAAGGCACUCCACCUCUACUCUUGAUAUCUUUGGAUGGAUUCCGCCCUGAUUAUUUAAAGAGGGGUAUAUCUCCCACUCUCAACAAAAUAGCUCAGUGCGGCUCAAGUGCAGAUUUUAUGUAUCCAGUUUUUCCUUCGAAAACAUUUCCCAACCACUACAGUAUCGUUACCGGGUUAAAUCCUGAAUCUCACGGCAUUGUGGAUAACAAUAUGUACGAUCCAAAGACCCGAAAAAUAUUUAAAAUGAAUAUCCCAGAGGCUUUGAAUCCCUUCUGGUACCUGAAAGAUCCGAUAUGGGUAACUGCUCUAAAGCAAGGUAAGAAAACUGCCUCAUUCUACUGGCCAGGAUCAGAUGUAAAAAUUAAUAACGUGUUACCCACUUACAGUAGAAAAUAUGUUGCAAAAACGAGUUAUAAUGCUAGGGUUGAUCAGAUUCUUCAAUGGUUGGAACUCCCUCCUGCUAAUCGACCUAGUUUCUUGACGCUUUAUGUAAAUCAGCCUGAUAAUGCUGGACACCGCAAUGGGCCGGAUUCAAAAGAAGUAAAUCAAGCAGUGAGAGGUGUUGAUCAAAUGAUUGAAAGGCUCUUUGCUGGUUUGCAGUCCAAAAACCUGUUGAAUUGUGUCAAUGUCAUCAUUUUGUCUGAUCACGGUAUGUCUAGCACUGACUGUAAGCUCGUUGUUAACGUUGAAAAUUAUGUUAAUGUUUCGAAUAUCUUUUCAACUAUGGGUCCUUUUGGCAGAGUGCGUCCCAAAGGCAGAAGAGAUGCAAAUGUGUUAAAUAGUUUGAUAAAGAAAAUGCAGUGCCAGAGUCAGCAUAUGAGAGUUUAUCCCAAAGAGCAACUCCCAGUCAGAUGGCACUAUGCAGACAGUGACAGAAUCGAACCCAUCUUCUUGGAUAUGGACUCCCGCUGGACUGUUGUCAGUCGGAGCGCAAAAUCUGGAGAUGACAUUUGUAGCGGUGGUGCUCAUGGAUACGAUAAUUAUUAUACUGAUAUGAGAUCUAUUUUCAUGGCUCAUGGUCCAUCGAUAAAAUCUAGCACCAAGAUCAAGCCUUUCAUCAAUACCGAGUUGUAUGAAUUAAUGACUGAACUGAUCAACAUCCAACCAGAACCUAACAAUGGUACAAGGGGAAGUUUACACCAAAUUCUGAAAUCUCCAAAAAAGUUGCCAAUUCAGCUGGAACAGGACCCACCUGCUACUGGGCUUGUUCCAAGAGAUAAUCAAGAUUAUAAAUUCCGAGUCGAUGCGGCAGAGUGUUCUUGUAAACAGGCUCGUAAACAAGUGGAGAUUACUGAUAAAGAUUCCAAACGAGAUCUUCAUCUACCAUUUGGUGUUCCAUACAGCGCACAAGACAACAGAACGCUACUCAUGAUGUAUAAUGAAGAAAACAUAAUUGCAUUUGAUCUGAAAUAUAGAUUACCUUCGUGGACAUCAUUCAAUCUCGAGAAGAAGGAGGAAGUUUCUAAGGUGGGUGAUGUUUGCUUCACGGCUGAUGCCAGAAUACCAAAUGCUGAUACUGCAAAAUGUAGUGAUUAUGACAACACAGUUGUGAAAAGGAAGUCAAUUGUACAACGUCCUCUUUAUCCCAUCAGUUUUUCAAAAUCUGCAACAAAGGAACAAGCUUUAUAUGUUUCGAAUUCUAUUCCAAAGUCAAUGAAUCACACAAAUUCUCUGGAAACAGAAAUCAACCGAAUACUUAAUCGGUGGGCUGCCCAAAGCGGCUCUUUGAAUGUAGUGAUGGGUGCUGCUUUUGAUUUAUCUGCAAAUGGUCUGAAGCAAUCUCUUGGAAAGAUAAUAAGGUUAAAAGAAAAGUAUGGAUCAUUAGUUGUACCAACUCACAUUUUUGUAAUAGCAACUUGGUGUACUACCUCUUCUGACUCUCUGAAAAAUUGCCCUCCAUCGAAAUUGGACAGUAAAGGAUUUUUGCUACCAAAUGACCCAUUUACUCAGAAUUGUGAAUCUCCAAGUGCCAUGAUCGAGAAGAAUUCAGCUCGAGUUGUGGAUAUUGAAAAUUUGACUGGACUCUCAUUUUUCACAGGUUUGCCAGUUUAUGAUGCCGUCAGAUUGAGAACUGGAAUGCCACAAAGAUCUGUCUCUUAACCAUCAUAUUAUUUUGAAUCCAUGUAAAAAUGAUGAAAAUUCUAUUAAAUUUUAUUAUUGUUUUA